AUGGAGGAGGUUGUUAGCGAUGGCUCUGACGAUGAGGGGGCGUACGAUUCCGAUCUUGAACGACAGCUCGAGCGAGAGGAGAAGCUACUAGCGGAGCAAGAAGGGGAUGACGACCACAAGAGGCUCGCCAUUCAGGAUCGUGCAAGGAAUGAGGCUUUGCAGUGGACGUCGCUGGUGCUUCCUCCCCAGGACUUCGUUCCGGACGAAAAGUGCGAGUACAAGCCCGAGGAGGCGAUCACGUUGGACUUCGUGCAUGGGUAUCGGGGAUGGGACUGCAACAACAACGUCUUCUUCACCAUCGCAGACGAGGUCGCCUACUUCGUUGGAUCGCUCGGGGUGGUACUGGAGCCAUCGAGCCGAAGACAGAAGCACUACUCCGGCCCUCCGAACAGGAGCAUGAAGGAGGUAAUGAGCAUGGCGAUGCACCCGGCAGGCUCCAUUGUAGCUACAGGAGAGUUCGCGCUGGCGCCUCACAUCCUGAUCUGGGACCUGAGCACUUUGGCUACACUCAAGGAUCUGUCGGGGGUCCACGAGGGCGGGAUCUCGGCGCUAGCCUUCAGCAAGGACGGGAAGAGGUUGGCGUCGGCGGGGAUGGAGAAGACAGGGAGAACCGUGUCUGUGUGGGACUGGAAGAACGACAAGAAGACCUCUCCCAUCUGCUCUCAGACUCUGAAGACUCCCAAGAUCAUCGCCCUAGCCUUCAACCCAAGGGAUGACGUGCUCGUGGCGUGUGGGGUGAACAUGAUCGAGUUCCUGCGCAUCGGGCUGAGCAGGACAGGACAGCGAGGAAUGUCGCCGUCCAUGCUGUGCGCUGCCUUCACUAAGACUGAGUUCUCUCUGACCACCACCAUCCGCAACGCAGUGGAGGGGCUGUGUUUGACAGGCAGCGACAUCGGGAACAUCUACCUGUGGAAGAGAGAGGAGCAGAUAGACAUGAUCGUCUCUGCUCACCGCAGCAGCGUCCAUGCUAUUGUCACGUUCGUCAACGGCUUCUGCAGCGGAGGCAAGGAUGGCAAGGUCAGGGUAUGGAGCAACGACCUCGAGCCCCUGAACUCAUUCGACAUCUCUGCCGUCCUGCAGCAGGACGUGAUCGUCAAGUCGGUCGACCAGCGGCAGGGCAGGAUCCUCGUGGGUACCCACACGUGCAGCAUACUUGACCUGGACCAGGACACUGGGGAGGCUCAGGUCGUCAUCGAAGGGCACAUGGGAGGAGCCGUGGAGGCCGUGGCGUGUCAUCCCACGAAGCCGUUGUACGCGUCUGGAGGAGCUGACAGGUACCUGCGCUUCUGGAACUUGGUGGACAAGGUUCUGUGGAAGAAGAAGAUGCUGGAUCACCCCAUCAAGUCGCUCUGCUUCUCCCCCGACGGCAAGGUGAUCGCAGCUGGACAUGCGCUGGGAUCGUGGUCGGUCCAUCGGGUAGACUCGUUGGACGAGGUGAUCACGUCCAAGGAUCGAAAGAAGUCAAUCUUCUGCGUCAAGUUCGCCCCGAGCGGACGAUACCUGGCUGUUGGGUCGGAAGACUCGAUGGUUGACCUCUACGACUGCGCGUCAGACUACGACUGGGUCGCGACGCUGCAAGGACAUGCGGCUUCUGUGCUGCACCUGGACUGGUCGAUCGACUCGAGGUUCCUGCAGAGCUGCGGGUCAGAGCAGGACCUCUUGUUCUGGAACGUUGAGGAACAAACUCUCAUCCCCGGCUUCGAGGAAACUUGUGACAUCGAGUGGGACUCUUACUCCAGCACCGUAGGCUGGUCCGUCCAGGGCCUCGUGGGCACAGGGCUGGCCAACACGAGCUGCAGCCGCUCCCUGUCCGGUCACCUGCUGGCCUCCGGGAACACAGACGCCAUGGUGCGGCUGUUCCGGUUCCCCUGCAUCGUGCAGGGGGCGGAGGCGAACAUGUGCUCGGGGCAUGUGGGAACAGUGAUGUGCGUGAGGUUCACGUGCGAUGACACGUUUGUGAUCUCGUGCGGGUCAGAGGAUCGCUGCGUGUACCAGUGGCGGAGGAAGAUGAGAUACCAUCGAGGCCCUCAGACUUCAGUGAGUGCAGAGGAGCGAGAGGUGGACGAAGACGGGUUCCCUGUCACCGGCGAGCCGCUCUUCGUGCUCAAGCCGCAGACCAUGGCGGUUCCUCCCACCAAGUACAGGAAGCCUGACGACGCGGACGAGCCGCCGCUGGGGGGCCUGCAGAUGGAGUUCAUCUACGGGGCCCGCAUGCACGACACGAGGAAUUGUGCGCAGUACACGGGCCAUGGGCACAUCGUCUUCCUGGCGGGAGCGACUGGGGUCGUGUACAACCCGAUCCAGCACACGCAGAAGUUCUUCAACGGGCACACCGACGACGUGAUCUGCCUCUCCCUCCACCCCGACUUUAUCACUGCAGCCACAGGGCAGGUGGGCAGGAAGGCGUUGCUGUGCGUGUGGAACACGUACACGAUGCAGACGCUGUCGGUGAUCCGAGGCUUCCACGACUACGGCAUCUGCUCGGUCAGUUUCAACUCGGACGGCUCGCUGCUGGCGUCUGUUGGGAUGGAUGUGGACCACAGCAUCGCCGUGUGGGACUGGAAGACCGGACAGAAGCGAGCGUCAGCGACGGGGCACGUGAACAGGAUCUUCUGUAUCGCCUUCAACCCGAGCGACGACAGUCUGGUCAGCGCUGGAGUCGGACACAUCAAGUUCUGGACCAUCUCUGGACGCUUGCUAAGGGGGCAGCAGGGGAAGUUCACGCAGGGAGACAAGAAGCAGGUGUUCUGCUCGCUGACGGUGUCAAAGAAGGGAAGAAUCUUCACGGGGAGCGAGCGAGGAGAGAUUUACCGCUGGAAGAACGGCGAUGUCGACUCUGUCAUCAACGCUCACCAUGGCCCCGUCUUCGCCCUCUGGGUCUGUCGCGACGGCUUGUGCAGCGGCGGGAAGGACGGCAUGGUCAAGGUCUGGUCGCUGGCGCUGAAGCCGCUGGUGGAGUUCGACAUGCGGACGCAGUCGACGGGGGUGGACAACAGCAAGGUGCGGUCGGUUUGCUGGCUGGUGCGAACGAUCCUGGUAGGCACCAUCGACAACGAGCUGUUCGAGAUCGACAUCGAGGCAGGAGCUCCUAAGCUCCUCCUGCAGGGCCAUCGCUCGAUGCAGGUCAACGGCCUCGCCACGCAUCCGUCCAAGAGACUCUUCGUGACUGGAGGGGACGACCACUCGGUGCGGCUGUGGGACAUGGACAGCCGGAAGCAGAUCGGCAUGCGGAUGCUGGAAGACGCGGUGAGCUCGGUGUCCGUCUCGCUGGAUGGGAACCACAUCGCCUGCGGGCUGCGGAACGGGAAGCUGGUGAUCCUCAAGCUGCGGACGAUGAGGCCGCACCUGGAGCGGAAGGACAGGAAGCUGGCGAUCCUGGAGGUGAAGUACAGCGCCAACGGGAAGUUCCUGGCAGCAGGAGGAGGCGACUGCUUCAUCGACAUCUACGACGUGCAAUCGGAGUACGAGUGGAUCGGCACGUGCGCGGGACACAAGGGAAGCAUCCUAGCGCUGGACUGGUCGGCAGACUCGAAGCAGAUCCAGUCGGACGACGAGAGGGGCAACCAUCUUUACUGGGACGUUGAGAGCAGCAAGGAGAUCCUGGUGGCGGCGGAGGUGAGGGACGUCGAGUGGUCCUCUUGGACGACGAGGAUGGGUUGGUCCGUGCAAGGGAUCGCGUCCAAGUUCCAGGGGCCCAUGGGGAUCAACACGACCUGUCGCUCCUCGUUCGGGGACACGCUGGCGACAGGAGACGACUGGGGGAUGCUGAAGCUGUUCCGGUUCCCCUGUAUCACCCCUGGAGCCAAGAGCAAGAGGUACGGGGGGCACUCGGCGCGGGUGGGCAAAGUCAGGUUCUCCUUCGAGGAGAAGACCGUGCUGUCCUCCGGGCUAGUGGACGGGCUGGUGGUGCAGUGGAGGUACCUG